UCUAGUCAAAUAAUUUAGAAUAUAAUGCGGUUCGCUAUGUUGCAAUCAAACAUUUUCCAUUUACUCUCCAUUAUCAUACGAUACACACCACUCUAACUCUAUAAGACCAGCACGCAAACUCAUUUCCCUCACUCCCACCGCCACCAUCACCACCUCAACAGGGAGAAGCGGCAACUUGUUCUUCAUCGCCUGCAAAGUAGUCUGGACUGCGAUCUUCUGAAUUUUCCUACGAAAUCACCGGAAACCGCAAAUUCGCCAAUGGAGAAUACCGGGAAUCAUCAAGAGAUUAUGGUGCCACCAGUUGAAGGUGUUGCAGGAGGUGGGACUGCAUAUGGAUGGACUGACAGUGAAGUGCAUGAUCCAAGACCAUUAAGGGGUGCAAUUGAUCCUUCUAAAGUUCCUUCUUCAGAAUUGGUGCAUGUUUGGUGCAUGCCAAGUACAGCUAAUGUUGGACAACAGGAUAUGCCUCAGCGUUUGGAGCCUAUAUCUCUUCUAGCAGCUAGAAAUGAAAGAGAGAGUAUCCAGGUUGCUAUACGUCCAAAAGUUUCAUGGGGUGGAUCUGGUUUUGCAGGAACUGUACAGGUUCAAUGUACUGACUUGUGCUCAUCUUCUGGUGACAGGUUGGUAGUUGGACAAUCAUUGACAUUAAAGAGAGUAGUACCUGUUUUGGGUGUUCCAGAAGCUCUUGUACCACUGGAUAUGCCAGUCUCACAACUAAACCUCUUUCCUGGAGAAACAACAUCAAUUUGGGUUUCAAUUGAUGUUCCAAUUGCACAGCCACCGGGUCAAUAUGAAGGAGAAAUCAUAAUUUCUGCUAUCAAGGCUUACACAGAAUCCACUGCACAAUCACUGAGUAAAGCAGAGAAGCACCAACUCUACAGAGAACUUAGGAACUGUCUUGAUAUUGUAGAGCCCACAGAGGGAAAACCAAUGGAUGAAGUGGUUGAAAGAGUGAAAUCUGCAACUUCAUCUUUAAGAAGCGUUCUUCUGUCCCCAACAUUUUCUGAUUUAUUUUCAGAUAACGGGCCCUUAGACAUGAUGGAUGAGGAUGCGAUUUCUAACCUUUCUGUGCGGUUGAAGCUAAGUUUAACAGUAUGGGAGUUCAUUCUACCAGUUACACCUUCAAUCCCUGCUGUUAUUGGUAUUUCUGACACUGUAAUUGAAGAUCGAUUUGGGGUUGAACAUGGUAGUAAUGAAUGGUAUGAGAUGCUAGAUCAGCAUUUUAAGUGGCUUCUUCAAUACAGAAUUAGCCCGUACUUCUGCAGAUGGGGUGACAACAUGAGAGUUUUGACAUACACCUGUCCAUGGCAAGCUGAUCAUCCAAAAUCAGAUGAAUAUUUUUCUGAUCCUCGACUUGCUGCCUAUGCUGUACCACACAGUCCAGUAGUUUCCUGUGGUGAUACUGCAAAGGACUACCUGCAAAGAGAAGUUGAGAUACUGAGAACAAAGCCUCAUUGGAGAAAAGCCUACUUCUACUUGUGGGAUGAGCCUCUCAAUCUUGAACAGUACGAUGCUGUCCGAAACAUGGCCAGUGACAUCCAUGCCUAUGCACCAGAUGCUCGUAUUCUGACUACUUACUAUUGUGGUCCUAGUGAUGCACCUCUUGCUUCUAAUAAUUUUGAAGCUUUCCUGAAAGUUCCCGAGUUCCUAAGGCCCCAUACGCAGAUAUACUGUACAAGUGAAUGGGUAAUUGGCAACAGAGAGGACCUUGCAAAGGAUAUCAUUGCAGAAAUACAACCAGAAAAUGGUGAGGAAUGGUGGACAUAUGUAUGCUUGGGGCCCUCUGACCCUCACCCAAACUGGCACUUGGGAAUGCGAGGUACACAGCAUCGUGCAGUAAUGUGGCGUGUAUGGAAAGAAGGUGGAACAGGCUUCUUGUAUUGGGGUGCGAAUUGUUAUGAGAAGGCAACAGUUCCCAGUGCUGAGAUUAGAUUCAGGCGUGGUCUGCCUCCUGGAGAUGGAGUCUUGUUUUACCCUGGUCAGGUAUUCUCCAACUCACAGCAACCUGUUGCUUCAUUAAGGCUAGAGCGGCUUCUGAGUGGGUUACAGGAUAUCGAGUACCUCAAACUCUAUUCUUCAAGAUUUGGUAGGGAGGAAGCGCUUAGCCUGCUGGAAAAGACGGGCACAUAUCUUGGUCCAGAACGUUAUACCUUGGAACACACACCAAUAGAUGUAAUGCGGGCUGAGAUUUUCAGGACAUGCCGGUCAUAGAGACUUGUGUUUGGUUUUCAUCAAUGAGUUUUUUUGCCACUUCCGCUUUGAAACUAUGCCGGUCUCCUGAGAACUUGUGUUAUCCCAUCUGAAUUUCCAGAAUCACAGAUGAUGCCCUAUGGCUUUACAAAGAAAACAUUCAAUCAUUUUGAAGGUAAAAAGAAAUAUACAAUUGUGUAACCUCUAUCUAUGUAUAGAAGGCAUUUUAAUUUUAAUGCUCCCACCCGCUUGAAUUUAUUCACUAUACUAUGAAAUUAAAUUCACAAAGUUGCACCA